GGAGGCGGAAAGGGGUGGAUACUGCCUUCAUGCCGCCCAGUGCAGUGCAGUGAAAUUUUCACACAAAGACGGGAAGGAGCUGCCGAAGAAUUCGCAAAAGUGUGCAUCAUUUACCGUCGCGGGGAAAGCGUGAAAAUGAAGUGAAAGAAAAUCGCACCAAUGUUUCAAUGCUCCCUGGUGGUUGAAGAGCGUGCAGCAUAGUGUAUCGUCUGUGUGUCCGUGUGUGAGUGUGUAUGUGUGUGUGUGUUUGUGUGAAAUAGUGCGGUAAAGUGAAGGAUUGGCGACUUCCACCCAUCGUAUGUUGUGCACGUGCUAUGCGAAGUGAGUGAAGGCACAUGAAAAGCAUUUUACAGCGCCAUUUAAAGUCGGGCGCAAGCGUGUGAAAGCACUUAGAGAGGCAAGAGGCGAGUUUUUCGUUUGCAUUAUCAUCACGUACAUUGCAUUUAUACGCUCAGUACAUCCGCAGAGUGGAGCCGAGAUCUCGCUUAGUUUUGUGCUACGGUGCAGCUACCAGCUGUGAAUGUAACAUUGUGGUAAAAGUUUGAGCCCAGCUCCCUUGCACUCUCGCUCUCUCUUACUCGAUUUCCCUUUGCCACGCUUUGUUUCGCUCUCUCUGUCUGUCUCUCUGCCCCACUCUGUGGGUUAACAAACACACAAAGCGAGUCUGUGUGGUGCAGUGUGUGCCACUAAACCACCCGCCAGCCCUACGGAAACAGCGCUAGCACGGCAACAGCGACGGCCCCACAGUAAAGCUGGACCGGAACGCGACGAUGAAGACUCGCCUGACGACGCUUACAUGGCGUGGAUCUGCCUCGGUCGAUCCCCGCUUUUCCGCCGCCAUGCUGCCGUGGUCCAUCGCCGACAUCAGAAACCACGAAAGUUAUGUAACGCUAUCGGUCGGUGUCGAGGACGGUGUGCUGGCAGCGUACAACACGGACUUUGAGCUACAGUUCGAGCACAAGCUACGAUACAUUCUCGGCUACUGCAGGGUGAUAGUGAAGCAGGAAAAGGGUAAAAAGAAUGCUGACUUUCUGAUGCCGAAAGCGACGAGCACCCGGCCACAGCCAAUUACGAUCGGCAAUGACAACGUGGCGGAAAUCUUUGGACCCGAGUUUGGGCUGGUGUAUCUGCUGAAGAACCCGCACGAUCCACUGCUGCACAUACACUUUUACGAGUGUGAAAAGUACGAACAGAUGGCCGAGCUGAUGCAGCAGAUGCGCGAUCCGGCCACGGUUGGCGGUGGCUCCGUUGGCAGCAUACCCCAGAGCAUUGUGUCGUCCAGCGCGAACGCAAACGAUCUGCAGAAGGCGCUCCGCAACCAGGGUAUCCAUUCGACGCCCGCCUCGAACCUGAAGCUGUCGGAACAGAUGCGCUACGCCCAGCACGACAGUAGCCCCACGCUAGCGUAUCAUCUGCAGCAGCACCAACAGCAACAGCACCAGCACUAUCAAUCAUACCCGCAGCAGUACCAGAACGGUGGCCCGAACCGGCUGGCCACGUCGAAAAGCUACUCCGGCGGGUUGAACCACUCGUCCGGCGGUGUGAACGGACCGACCGGCAGCGGCGGUAUCUCGUGCAGCCUCGCCUCCCUGCCGGACAUAUCCGCCAACAACUCGCAGUUCUUCGAGGUGCUGUACGUCGGCAAGAUCAAGGUGUCGCACAAGCGCGUCCCGUACACGUUCAUCGACGAGGCGCUGCCAAAGUUCAAGGCGUACGAUGCGGAAAAGCUGCGCCAGCAGCAGGAAGCAUCGCGAAAGCAAAAUUUACCGAUUAAUGCAGAAUCGGUAAGCAGCAGUACGGCGGAAGCCGCAACGACGCAGCGCUGCAAUGAGGCCGAGAAUAAGGGCACAGAGUCAACACCACCGGCGGCACCGGACGAUCCGCCCGAAGUCUUCCAGGGUCGUCGGGUCAGCCAUUUCGAUAUACCGACGAAGAAGAUCGAGAAUGGUACCGUGGGGGAAAGCAAUACGUCCGGCAUUGGUAAGCCAGCGGAAGAGCAAGCUAAAAUCGGUGAGAGCACUACCAACGAACAGCACCAGCAGCAACAGCAGCAACCGCAGGAACAGCCACAGUCAGCCACGACAGCAACAGUAGCAGCCCCAAAUACAGAGCGUGUCGUGGCCAGUAAUAAAGAAAACAAGUCAGCAUCACCGCAAGACGAGGAUGCACCGAUGCGUCGCGAUCGGUCCGCCUCGAUCGGAUCCAUACCGGUGGUCGAGCAGAACCGUACGAUGGUGUUCCUGAUCGGCCAGUCCGAUCUGCGCCUGAUCAGCCCCGACCGCAAGCAGGUGCUGCUGCACAAAGCUUUCCGCGACGUGGCCAGCUGCGUGCAUGGGCAGAAGAAUGCCGACCACUUCGGGAUCAUCUGUCGCGACGUGAACAACGACGGCUACAUCGGGUACGUGUUCAAGUGCCAGUCGGAACAGGUGGCGGACGAUAUCGUGACGGCGAUUUCGCUGGCCUUUACCGCCUGCUCGGAGCAGUCGCAAAAGCACAAGCCCGCGGCGCAGAUAUUUUCCUGCGAGCACUGUCCAAUGCUCUGGUACCAUAAGCUGUGCACCGACACCGAGGGUCUGAGUGACAAGAAGACGCAGAGCACGAUAUUCAAGCGCAUCGAGACAACGCUCACAGAGGACGAGCAGCGGUCGUUGAACGAGAAGUAUCACGGUGCGGAAGAGGCCGCCGGCAGCAGCCUGGGAGAGCAGAACCAAUUCCUGAUGAUGCUGCUGCGAGCUCACUGCGAGUCGAAGCAGCAGCGCCACGUGCACGAUACGGUCGAGCAUCGGACGGAGUUUUUGAACCAAUAUCUGGGCGGGAGUGGAAUCUUCAUGAAGGCAAAGCGAUCGCUCACCAGCUCGUUCGAUCAUCUGCUGAAGCGGCGCACGAGCCGGGACGACUAUGUGGCAGGUAGUCUGAAGGACUCCAACUCGGCCGGUGAGCUGAAGGAGGGCAAUUUUGAACCAGUUACGCGUGCCCGAUCAUCUACGAUCGGAUCUAGCCCGGGAAUGGGACGCAAAAACUCAGACCUGGGCAAUGGAACCGCUCCACCGCUCAAGUCACCCAUGAUGGAUAUCUUCAUCAAGGUGGGCAACAGCCCGCGAGAUCAGGGCCAUGCCGGAUCCUGGCGACAGGCGAUGCUACACCGCGUGGUAACACCAUCGAAGAACAUGCGCAACGGCCCGGACGAGUACAUGUCGCCGUUGCGCGCCGUCGGUGGUGCACCGGCCAAGAAGCGUACCCGGGAAGAGCUGCGCGAGCUUUGGCGUGUGGGCAUCAAGCAAACCAUCAUACUGAGCCGCAUGGAAAAGGAGAACGCCCAUCUGCAGGCACGCCAGAACGAAAUUAAAUCGAACGAGAUGCGGCGCGUAAAGCUGGAGUACGACGAGAUUACGGUGUGCGACAAGCGUUCGGCCGAGCAGUGGGAUACACUGCUGGACAGUGGCACUGCUGCGGGGACGGCAACACCCACCAACCAGGCCGUGCUGUAUCAGGCGAUGCGAAACGGCGUGCCACGGUCUCGGCGGGGCGAAAUCUGGAUGUAUCUGGCGGAGCAGCACGGACUCCACCAUCCGGAUCCAAUCGAUACGACCAACUUCCCGAACUUUAACACACCGUACCACGUGUUGCUGAAGAGUCUGACCGAGCACCAGCACGCAAUCUUCAUCGAUUUAGGACGCACAUUCCCGGAUCAUAAGUAUUACAAGGAUGCACUGGGCGUGGGACAACUGUCGCUGUUUAAUCUGCUGAAGGCAUAUUCCAUUCUCGAUCCGGAGCUGGGCUACUGUCAAGGGCUAGGCUUCAUCUGUGCUGUCCUGUUGCUGCACCUCGAAGAAGCCGAUGCGUUUGAACUGCUCAAGCAUCUCAUGUUCCGGCGGCAGCUGCGUGCCAAAUAUCUGCCAGACAUGAGGCAAUUCCAGCUGCAGCUCUACCAGCUGGAGCGCCUACUGAAGGACCACAUACCGGAGCUGUUCCAGUGGUUCAAUCAGCACGACAUUUCGCCCACGCUGUACGCGGCGCCGUGGAUACUGACGGUGUUUAGCUCACACUUUCCGCUCGGCUUUGUCGUGCGCGUGUUCGAUCUGAUCUUUCUCGACUCGUUCGACGUGUUCUUCCGGUGCGCGAUCGCGCUGCUGGAGGUGCACAAGGAGGAGCUGCUGCAGCGCGACAACUUCGAGGACAUCAUGAGCUACCUGAAGACCGUCAUCCCGAAGAUCGAUGCCGACGUGAUGGAGAAGGUUUUUCGGAAUGUGUUCCGGUCAGAUUUCUCGCGUCAGCUGAUCGUAUCCCAGGUCGAAUAUAAUGUGAUGCAGGAGGAGAUAACGUGCCAGAACCACUACCAGGAAAGCUACAACCGGCUGAAGGAGGAGCACCAGCAGCUCGACACACAGCUCCAGUACGCACAGUCCAACCUGCUGCAGCUCGAGAAGACGCGUCUGGUGCAGCAGGACCAGAUCCAGUCGCUCCAGACGCAGGUCCAAACGCUGGAAAACACCGUCCACACGCUGGUGCGGUAUAUCGAGCAGUCGACGGAUGCGGUGCUACCGAGCGACGUGUGCCGCAUCGUGCAGCAGGUCCAGGACCUUCAGCUGCAGCAACACCAGCAGCAGCAGCAAAAGAAACGCUCGCCGAUCUUUGUCGAUCGCAAGAUCGGCAAGUCGAUCUCGUUCAAUAGCAAUCUGGGGCUGGCACUGAACGUGCUGGAAGAGGCGACCGAACCGGACGGACCCGGAACGCCGACGAAGAAAAAGCAACCAUACUUUCAGAACUCGUUUACCCAGAUCCGCCAACAGCGGGCCAGCCUGUGGCUGCACAAGCUGGACGAGUGUAACGCCAGCCCCGAGCACGGCAGUGCCGGAAGUGUAGCGAGCGGCAUGAGUUUACCCUCUUCUACCAGCCUGAAGGGAUUGGGAAGCAACAAUGACGACAGUGGCAUAGCGACACCGAUCAGCCCACAGCUGCACGCACCGUCCACCACACCGAUGGUGGCCGAAAGUCGACCCUUGGUACCGUCGUUCGAGAACCAUCCGCUGAGCAGCUGUGGUGACGUGGCCGUACAGUACAACGGUACGACACAGCUCAAGUCGCUUAAACCACGCUCCCAGUCGCGGCACGGUUCCGUCUCGCUGAUCGUCAGCGAAACGGCCACCGAACCGCGACCACAGGUCGCCACGGAUCGAAGUUAACAGCCUCGCGCGGCAAGCCCGAGCACGUGCCAGCACGUAGAAAAAGUGUAAUGAGAAGGACAAGGUAUUCGCUUCCCGUACGCGUACGCCUAUAAAACCCAUGCUAAAAAAACAACAAGAGGUGCAACGGAUGUGUUCAACAUCUACGUUCUUCCACCUUUCGGGGAUGUUGCUUGGACAACACCGCUAGCACUGUUUCGACUAUUUCGGCACAACGCGAACCAAAAACAAAAAACCUUAAUCAAUCUCACAAUAGUGAAUUACAACCAAAAAAAUCUCUGCCGGGACGGCUUACUCCCUGGAUGGAGAGCCUCUCCCGGGUUUGCGUCUAUUUAGCAUGCAAAUUCUCCUUCGUAAUUCAGUGUGUUGUGUCAAUGUUCGUUCUUUAUUGUGGGUGAGGGAAAAGUGGAAGGGUCUUGGAGAUUUGAAAAAUAUAUAAUUUCCUCCCUCUGCUUUCUAACAAACGACAUCACACCGCCACGCGGUUAACUGUCGCCUGCCGUUGUUUGCUCUUUCCCCGCAGGACGACAUGGACGCUGUCGCCAUCUAGCGGAGAGUAGCAAUACUGUUUACAUUUAAACGCGGAGAAAGGACCUCUAACCAUUAUCAAUAUUGAUCACGCUUUUGCAAAAAGAGAAAAUGAAAGAGAAAGAGAAAGCAAAAAGAACAAAAAAAAACACUACAAAACUCAGCAACCAAACCCAACGCCAGCAAAAUGCUUCGUACAAUUUGUGAGUGUGAAACAGUAGUUUGUAGCUGAAUUUCUAGUGCAGCUUUUAUAACAAGCUACCCGAUUGUUAUUAUUUUUCAAUCAUGCUAUACUUUUUCGCUAGAGCUACUAGCAGCUAUAGUAUUCAACAUUGGUACAUUGGGAUGGUAAGCUGCCGGUGGAGAAGCAUCUAUGUACUUAAGAAAAGGGUUCGCGCAGUCGCGAAUGGAAAGAGCUCACCGAAUAUAGGCGGAAACGCGAUUAGAUCGCACGCAAAGCAGUUUAGCAGAUCAGCAACAGUAGUAGUGAUUGUUGUUUAUAUUUUGAUAAUCUGACUUUAAAUUGGCUUCUCCCGAGCACUUCCGAGCAGGCUCCUUUAGUACGCUUUCUCGCUUAGUGACAGGCAGGAAAUCGAGGAAGGCAAUUAAUUAC